AAUAAAGCAGACAGUUUUGCUUUUUGCCGUCUGCUUUUGGCGCUCCCCGAGGCUGACCUCGCAUUUCUCGUUUUUCUUGUUCACACUCACACCCCGAAGACUUCUCUCUGGGUGCUUGUGCGUGUACGUGUGGAAUUUUUGAAUGGAGUUUUCAAAUCCUCUCCUCGUAAAGUAUCGAAACGAUCGCCGGAAGCUUCUUGAGUUUCUACUAUCGUCGGGCUCGAUCAAAGAAAUCAAAACUCCGGCCGGCCUCACUACCUCAAUUUCGAACAUCGAUUUCGAUUCUCUCAGUAUUGAUUACGUACUUGAAUGCAUUAAGUCCGGUGGUUUGCUUGAUGUUUCCCAAGCAUGGAAGGGAUGUUAUAACGAAUCUUCACUUCCGGCCAUGGUGCACUUGCAAUCAGGAGAUCUUUUUUUUCUUCAUUCAGAUCCGGAGUUGGCUGGAUCUCCACCUAGGCGGGCACCCCCAGUGGUCUCCAACCAGCAUCAUCCCAUCCGAUCAAGUUAUCUGGCCAGUGAACAAGUAGCUUUAUCUGGUCCUGAAAUUGGGGUGAAUUGUCAAGUUAGCUCAUCUCCAAAUUUAAGUCCCACGCAUAAUGCAGAUAUUCUUACAGUAGGAUUACCAAUGCUGAGAACUGGAUUGGUGGAUGAUGACUUGCGGGAAUUUGCUUACGAAGUAUUGCUUGCAUGUAUUCUGUUUUCAGGAUUUGAAAUUCACUUCAUUGACGGUAAAAAGAGGGAAAAAAGUUCUAGAUUUCUUGCUGGCUUGAAAAACAAAAAGGAUAAACGACAUUUACAGUCCGAGUCUCCAGAUAGGCAUUUGAAGCUUCUCGAAACGAUUCGCUUGCAAAUGCAGGUUUCAGAAUCAACGGAUACCUUUGUUAAGCGAAGGUUGACACAGUUUGCUUCAGGGAAGCCUUGGGGGCAACUAGAUGUUCCACAACUCUCAUUGGUGCUGUUGACUGGCAUAUCAAAAUCUGAUUUUCCGAGUGAGAAAUCAUAUAUCAACUGGAAGAAUAGACAAGCAAAUAUUAUAGAAGAACUACUUUUUUCUGAUUACAAGAAGUCUGAGAAGCAGAUAAUUGGAACUUCACUUGCAAAAGUUCGAGACUCAAAGGAAUGGGAUGAGAAGACAUCUCCUUCUGAACGCAGUGAAGUCCUAUUAACCAUCAGACAAGUUGCUCUGAUGUUCUCAUCAAUGCCUGCACGUUUUGGCAUUGAAGGAGAAACUUACCAUUGGACCACUGGUUAUCAUUUGAACAUUAGGCUUUAUGAGAAGUUACUCUUUGGUGUAUUUGACAUUCUCGAGGAUGGCCAGCUUGUGGAGGAAGCGGAUGAAAUUCUAAACUUCGUGAAGUUGACCUGGUCGAUGUUGGGUAUUACACUUAGACUGCAUCAUGCAUUAUUUGCAUGGGUGCUGUUUCAGCAGGUUGUGUUCGUUGCCCUGCUUGAGAAGAAAAUUUUGAUAACUGUGCUUUUGAUGGAAAUACUGAACACCUCGAAGAUACAUAUUCCUUUUUCAGCACUUCACCAUUUGCUUGUCAGAGAAUGUUUUUGCUGCUACAGAAGAAGUGACAUUAUUGGAUUAUGCAAUUCUNGACUGCACCAGUUUUAUGGUGGAAAACUGAAACCUUUCCUCAAGGAUGUGACAUGCCUUACUCAAGAUGUGAGGAAAGUGCUUCCUGCAGCAUAUGCAUUGGAGCAUUGCCUUAUUAAGCUUUAUUCUUCUGCUUGUAAAGAAAGAGAGUUGCACUUUUUGCAUGGCCAAGAAUUUGACCAUUACCAGAUCGAUGAAAUUUCCAGGUCAAUAAUUCUUGACUGGGUAGUUGCUCAACAUGAACGAAUCCUGGAAUGGACUGGACGUGCUUUUGACCUUGAGGACUGGGAACCUUUAUCUUCUCAGCAAAAACAAGCAGCUUCAGCAGUUGAAGUGUUUAGGAUCAUAGAGGAGACUGUUGAUCAAUUUUUUGAGAUGAGCCUUCUACUCGACAUCACACACUUGCAAGCUCUACUGUCUAUCAUUUUCCACUGCUUGGAUGCCUAUUUGGUGAAAGUGGUUAGCCAGUUAGUUGAUAAGCGAAAUUUGUAUCCUUCUACUCCUCCUUUGACUCGUUACAAGGAGACGACAUUUCCUAUUGUCAAGAAAAAGCUGGGAGAGCAUUUGAUUCUUGACAAUGAAAUAAAUAAGAAGUUGAAUGAAUUGACUACUCCCACCCUGUGUAUCAGACUAAACACUUUUCGAUACAUUCAAAAACAAACUGCCGUACUUGAAGAUGGCAUUAGGAAGUCGUGGGAAUCUGUCAGAGUUUAUAAAAACAAUAGAUGCUCAACAGAGCAAACUAUUGAGACAACAUUAGAAUUGGAUAACGAAUCAGUUGCUGAGCUUUUUGUUGCCACAUUGGAGUGCAUUAGGGAUUCUGCUGCUGAUGCUAUCAGACAGACGUGUGACUUUCUAGGAGCUAGAUUUGUGUUCUUGGAUCUAAGAGAUUCGUUCCUGUUUCAUUUAUAUCGUGGUGGUGUUGAAGGAAAUCGGUUAGAUGGGAUACUUCCACAAUUUGACAGUGCCCUCAAUACCGUAAGUGGUUUGAUUGAUGAUACAAUUAGAGAUCUCGUGGUGUCGAGCAUUUUUAAGGCAUCACUGGAAGGAUUUGUGUGGGUGUUGCUAGAUGGAGGCCCUUCACGUGCAUUUUCUGAUUCAGAUAUUUCAAUGAUAGAAGAAGAUCUUAACAUAUUAAAAGACUUGUUUGUAGCUGAUGGAGAAGGUCUUCCUCGUUCAUUGGUUGAGGAGGAAGCAAAAUUUUCUCAUCAAAUCCUGAGCCUGUUUUCCCUUCAGACUGAAUCUGUGAUCCAGAUGCUGAUGACAUCCAGCGAACAUAUUUCAGCGGGGGCCAAUGGUCGUAACUAUGGCCAGCGGUAUUUGGGAGAUGCUCACACUUUAAUACGGGUAUUAUGCCAUAAGAAAGAUAGAGAAGCCUCUAAGUUCUUAAAAAGACAUUAUCAGCUUCCUUCAUCUUCAGAGUAUGACGAGAAUCUGCAGGAGGAUUUCAGUGCGAGUUCUCCUCUUGUUGCUGAUCUCAUAAAGCGCAGUGCAUCAUUUCGUUGGUCCGAGAAAAGUCAUAGCAGCUUCAAAUCUAUAAAAAAGAGAUUUCAAGAAGCGACAUCUGAAAUAAAACAUGCAGCAUGGUGAUUAACAUGUUACAUUGAGAGUCUAAAGCAUUUCAUGUUAUUGACUCCUCUUAGGGAGACAAUGGAUAAUAUUCAGAUGGCAUGUUUGGAAUGGUGGAUUGAAGAAGUUCUGCCUGUUUCCAUUUUUUAAUGAUAAUGAAGUGCUGGAUCCGGGCCUCAGAUCCUACUGGACAAUAUUAAUUAAUUAGAAAAAAUAAGUUAAAAUUUUGGUACUAUAUUGUCCAGUACGAUCUAGUACUAGAUGCCAAACAUGCAUUGACUGGAUAUGUGACAGCAUCAUUCCAUGUACAUUUAGAAGCACAUUGCUACUUCCGGCAGGCAUUGCGCUGUGUUCAGAGAUGGAGGAAUUUUGUUCUUUUAGAACGCAUUUAACAUCUAUAGGUAAAGCUGUCAAAUCAGUUUGGGCCUAAACUAGUUUUUUCUUCUUGUGAGAGAUCAAGAUAACCUUGUUUUUAGUUGCUUCAUAUAUUUUAAUGUAUCAUUUUCAUCAUCCUUUUGGUAUAUUUGUUACUGUAUUGCAGUCCCAACAUGUACUUUUUUGUGACUUU